AUUCCUUUCCUUUAGCAAAGCAUAAGGAAAACUCCUUCAUAAAUAAUUAACACAAAACCCCAUUUCGACGGCUAUUUGUUGCGCCAAACUGUCAUUGGCAUUUGAAGUACGUUUUCCAUCGUGUCCUGUCAAUUCGCGAUACAAUGGUCCAGCCUGGUCACAUACUGACCUUGCUUCUUCGCAUCAGAAAUUGACAAAUAAAAAAGAAGUCAAGCAGCAAAAAACUCUGAAAAGCAAUAUGUCAAAGAAUAGGAUUUUGGUAAACAAUCAAAGAAAAUUUUAAUUUUCUUACUAUUUCCCGGCCUAAAUGGAAGUGAAAAUGCAGCACCGGACACGGGCACAUGCGUUCCAGAUACAGGUCAAAGCGCUGAUCAAAACGCUGAAAUGUCUACAGUCAGACGAAUACCAGGCGCUGCUGUUUCUCAUCUCGGCCAUCAAGCUGUACGUCAAGUUCCUGUACAAUGAUUGCCAGGAGCGUCUCUACAAACCAGCAAUACUCAAAGAGUUGAACAAUAUCGAAAAUGUGAUUGUGGUGAACCUGCUGAAGACGCGCAGCGCGCCAGCGUCCGGCUCGUCCCUGUCGGUCGCCACCGGCCGCACGACCGUGUCCUCGUUUGGUGGCGACCUCGCGGGCAAGGUCUGUCUCGACAUCGACACCAGCACCAGCGUCCGCUGCACGGAUCUCUCGCUCGGUAGCGAUGGUUUGUUGUUGAUGCACCCGUAUCGCACCCGCGAACCUCCGCUAGCUCCCUGGGACCUUCGGGGGAAGCUACUGCGGGGCAACCUGUUCGACGGUCUGCCACUGACCGGCAGCGUGCGGCUAGGGCCAGAGUACAGCAGCAGAGGUGGAACGUUACUCAAGGCGGGACAGCGAGCUGGGGGCGCAAAUCGAUGGCUGGGGAACGUUCGGAUGAAUCGUGCGCUGGUUCGUAUGAUCGCCAAUCACGAUUUUAAGCUACUGUUCAACAUGUUCGAACAAAGCAUCUUUCCCGCGUGGAAAAUCUACAAAAACGAGCAAAUAUUUGUACGGAAACGGCCCGCCCUAACCACGGUCACGGUGCGCACUUCCCUUCCCGCCAUUUGCUACGGAAGCGGUUCGUCGCACUCGCCACCUGCCACGUACAUCAAGAAGGAGGAGUUCGACUUCGACACGCCGUACUCCAUCGCAGACGAUCACUGCUUCGAGGAGAUCAAGGACGAGGACGACGAGGACCUUCUGCUGAUGAAGGAAGACGACUCGAUAGACAAUUCGAACGAAAUCUUCUCGGAGGAGGAAUCAUCCACCAACAACACCUCCCUGAUGCUGUCGUCCGACACCAACACGCUGGACACGAACGAUUCCAGCAUGGUUUCGCACGAGCGCAACAAGGAACAGGUGUACCAGUGCUUACUUUGUGAUAAAGGUGUCUAUAGGAAACGCAAAUCUCUUGUCAUCCACUUCAGCCACCAUCCGGGAUUUUGUCCCGAUUGUGGCAAACAGCGAGGAGUAACCUCAGAGGAAAUCGUUGAACACAAUCGAAUCUAUCACAAAAACCGGCCUCACAUAUGUGAGCACUGCGGGGAAACCUUCACGCGAAAUCAACAGUAUCAGAUACACGUCCAGGGUCAUUUUAUAAGCAAGGAUAGGGUAGCGGAGCAAAACUGUAAAAAAACUCACAAGUACAGCUGUAAAACAUGCGGUAUCGUUUUUAACAAUCAAAAAUAUCUCGAAAAGCACAUCCAGACCAACCACCAGGCGGAAGGUUUGGUGUGCGACAUUUGUGGUGCAAUAUUUUGUAACAGUAUCAAGCUCAGCCAGCACGUCAGCCGCACUCAUCACAACGUGUUUACUCAGAAAGCUACCUUAGAGAGAAGUUUGCUGCUGCAGGGAACGAGUGUUACGGACAAAGCCUUCACCUGUGAGCAGUGCGGAGCCUCCUUUCUGUCGCAGCCCUCCCUACAUGAGCACAUCAAACUAUCACAUUCCGUUCCGGAAAACAAAUUCGAGUGCAAUAUCUGCAACAAGCUGUUCGCCGCCAAACGGUCUCUCAAACGCCAUAAACUUUGCCAUUCGGAUGAGCGCGCCUUCCGCUGUACGGUGGAAAACUGCAAGGAAUCGUACAAAAACCAAUCGCACCUUGCCCGCCACAUGAAGACCGCCCAUCACAUCGAUCCGCCGUCAAAGCGACUGCAGAAAGCGAAAGCGGCUGCGGCGGCGGCGGCGGCCGCUGCUGGGGCGGGCACAAGCACGGCCACUGCCUCAUCGGCCGAUCCCAGCUCGGCCAGCACGGACUUCAUCACGCACGGUGACGUUGCGACGAUGGGUGGAGGCUCGUGCGAUUCGCUGAAGGGUAUUGGCAGCAGCACGUUGAAAAAAUCGCUUGGAAGCAGCGAAAAGUCGCUCGGCGAUAGUAGCACCAACUUUAGCGACAAUUUGUCGUCGUUUAAUUACGAGUUUUCCGACACGACCGCAGGAACGUCGACACCGGCGCUGGCAGCAGCGAUGGGUUCGGCGGGCAGUGACGGUAGCGUGCCGGGCGCGCUUACCGCUAGCAGUAGCGCCCUGGCGGGUCAGCGCCCAUCCGCCCUAACCUGCUCCGUUACGGGCAUGCAGCAAAGCAGCGGUACGUUCAACGACCCUGCCAUCAGCUUUGGUACGAACAAACAGCAGCAGUCGCUGCAGCUGCAACAACAGCAGCAACAACAGCAGCAGCAGCAACAACAGCAGCAACAACAACAGCAGCAACAACAACAGCAGCAACAACAACAGCAGCAACAGCAGCAGCAACAACAACAACAACAACAGCAACAACAACAGCAGCAACAGCAGCAGCAACAACAGCAACAGCAACAACAGCUACAGCUACAAGGUGGGUGGCAGAAUCUCGAGUUUGGUGCAGGGACAGCGACGGCGCACCGAUCGGCAGCACUUCCCGGUAGUGUCGUUAGUGGUAUGCAACCGUUACAGGAUCCACUGGCGGCCACGACGGGUAGCUUUAUGGACGGUGGACACCAUCACCUGCAGAAUCAUCAGAACCUUCAACACCCCACAGCACACCAUCAUGGGAUUGGACCAAUGGCAAAUCCGAUGGCCAGCACAGCGGGCAGCUUUAUGGGCAGUGGCAGCUUAACAGGCGGCACGAGGCGUUUCCCUCUGCCGGAGGGUAACUUUAUGUGUGAGCACUGCGAUGAAACCAACUUCAUAAAUGCACAACAGUACCAUCUUCAUGUGCAGGACCAUUUUGCGGCCAAGGAUGAGCUGCUGCGGUUAAAUUGUAAAACAUGCAAUCUAGUGUUCGCUACGGGAGCGCAGCUCGAUCGGCACAUUCACAAAACAAACCAUCACACCGAAAGCAUAGCGUGUGAAAUAUGUAGUGCAAUAUUCAACUCCAACCUAAAAGUUUACCAGCACAUGCUGAAGUGUCACAAAAAUGACGUUUGGUUUGCUUGUGAACAGUGCUCGAAGGUUUUCAUAUUGAAACAGGACUACGACAAGCAUCAGCUGGUGCACCAGACGGUGACGGAUCGGUCCAUCAUCUGUGAGCACUGCGCCUCGUCCUUCCUCACGCAGGAAGCACUAAAGGAACAUAUCAAAAUAGCCCAUUCGAUGGACAAAAAAUACAAAUGUAACAUUUGCAACAAGCUCUUUGCUGCCCGUCGAUCGCUCAAACGCCAUAAACUGUGCCACGAAGAGGAGGCCGCUUUCCGAUGCCCGAUCGACGGUUGCAAGGAAGCAUUCCGGACGGCGGCAAACCUGGCGAAGCACAAAAAGAUGGCACACCCGGCCGGGCUGUCGACUGUUCCCGUACCUGUAGGCAAUGUGUUGGCCCACGAGCCAAUGGCGGAUAAGGUCGGUGCCGGUGUCGGUAUGCCAGGCGUAGUCAAGCUGCUGCCGGGCACAAUGGCGUCAGGAACGUCCAAUGCUCCGGGUAGCUCCGGUGCGCUGAAAGGCAUGGAGAAAGCAAUGCACCAUCCGGAUCCACUGCCGGGUGUGACAAUGCCGGCGGGAGGGCAGUCGAAUGUGAUGGGCCAGAUGGGCGGCUCGAACCCGAUGAUGGCGAUGGGAAAUCCUGCAGCUGGGCUGAAAACAGACGGUCGAUCAUCCGCUGGCGGUAUGAUGGUGGUGCCUCCGUCGAGAACGAGCAGCGCUGGCAGCAGCACAGGAAUGAGUGGUAUUAACAAUGGUAGCGUUGGUGCUAAUAUACCUUACAAUCCUUACGAUGCUAGUGGAAUGAACUACAACAGUGUGCUGGGACCGCCUGGUGCGGGUGUCGUCGCUUCCAGCGGCCCUCAUCAUCCUCAUCAUCAUCAUCAUCAGCAUCAUCUCCAACAACAGCAACAGCAACAGCAACCGCAGCAACAGCCCACACAGCAACAACCACAAGCUCAGCUAGUGCAACAUCAUUCACAAGCCCAUGCUCACCACCAUGCCGCUCAAGCUCAGUUUAUCGGAAUGGGCAAUCCGGGCAGUUCUGCGGGGCUUCACUACAGUGGCCGCUCCGGCGGCACGGCAUCGGCAGCCACUCCCGAACAACAAUCUGUGUCUAUGGCAUACCGAAUGGGAGACACAGCGGUGCCAGGAACCAGCGGAACGGCAAGCGGCAGCACAACCAACAUUCCCUACGGCUAUGGACAGAUGAAUAAUGCGUUCGAUUGGCAAAGCAUGGAGAUGGGAACUCCGACCAAUGCUGAACCAGGCCUAAUAAGUGGGUCGGCAGGACAACCGCAGGCGGCCUCUGGUAGCGGGACGAUGAAAAGUGCUACCGCCAACAAAUACUACAACGCAAUGCACGAGCCUAGUUCGGCCGGAAGUCCAGGAGUGGGGGGUGGCAACACAACGGCUGGCUUCCUUUCACCCCAACAACUGCAGCACCAAUCUCCCCAUCAUGCACAGCAGCAUCUACAACAUCAGCAUGCACAACAGUCACAGCUUCAACAGCAACAGCAGCAGCAACAUCUUCCUCAUCAUUCUCAUCACGCGCAAGUUGCUGGGCUGCAAAAUAAAUCUGUGCAAGAACAACACACCCAUCAGCAGCAGCAGCAGCAGCAGCAACAACAACAACAGCACAUGAUGAAUAUGAACAGCCAAGAAAUGAUGGGAUAUCAGGACAUGUGGAAUGCGAACAUGAUGAAGAUGGAAUUCCAAGACGAAGGAAGCGGUACAAAUACGGGCAGCACUGUUGGUGCUUACAACAGUCUAGGGAACAUUUUAAACAAUUUAGAAAUGAUGGGCAGUAGCAACAGUAACUUCGAACAACAGCAGACGCAGCAACAGCAGUCGCAACAACAGCAGCAGCAGCAAGGCUAUGAAAUGGUUUCCACACCACGUACCAGUUCCGAUACUCAUCCACAAUCGAGAGGACAGUCUGCUCAAUCGCCUGCGUUAACGUCACAGCAAGUACAACAUCAUCAGCACCAUCAACAACAGCAGCAGCAGCAGCAUCAACAACAGCUACAUCAGCAACAGCAGCAGCCGCAUGCGAAAGGAACCCAUUUUCACAAACAACAACAUCCAUCGCACAGUCACGCGCAGAUGCUGCCGGGCGUAGAGCCAGGCCAAAUGGUGAACCAGCACCAUCAUCAGCAACACCAGCAGCAACAGCAGCAGCAGCAAUAUUUUCCAGAUCAUCACGGGGCACAUCAGCAGGUACCACAUUCUCAUCAUACUGGUACGAUGGGCCAUUCGAUGGGAAUCCCUCAUGGCCAUGGCCAGAUGCAGCAUAGCCAUGGACAUUCGGCACAGCAAACUCCCAGUCCGCAUCAUCCUCAUCAUCAGCACCACUUGCAGCAGCAGCAGCAAAUGCAACAACAGUACAACGCCCAUCUACCACAUCAUCCCCAGAUGAUGCAACAUCAUCCGCACGCACCCGGACCACCCGGGCAAGUGCCCAGUGGAAGCGGUGGUGGUGGUGGCAGUUUGUCUGGCGGUGGUCCCACUCAUAUGGCACAUCACAAUCCAGCACAUGCUGGCGUACCCGGCCAGCAGCAGCAGCAGCAGCAGCAACAACAACCUCCCCAACAGCCCGGUAUGAGUUUUAAUCCCUCCCAGAACGCAUCCGAUCAUGCCAAUGCUGGUGCAAAUCCUUCCGCAUUGCCCGCGGAUAUCGCGAAAACGCCGAACAAUCUACCCUUUGUCGACAGUUUCACGGAAUCGAUCGACUAUCUGCAACAGUCCUUUCAGUACGUGUAAUAGCGAACGUAGCUUUUCCUUCUCUUCCUAAUCGUCGUGUCCGCCUACCUAUACACAUUACAGUGCUAAGCCGACCUUUAGCACGUUCGUACGUUUGCUCAUUUAGUCAAAUUGUAAACUGCAAACAUUCCCAUUUUAUAUUGCACCCAAAACGUUCCGGUGUGUUGUACCUUGUUAACUAUAACGAUAAUGCUUUAGAGGUCGACCGUUCGUCGCGUCAUCAUCUAAUGAAUGAUCGUGACGGUCGUCCAAGUUUGGUAUCGUUACAUUACAUUAAGUGUGUACCGUACAGAGGAGGCUACCAUCGAACUUUAUUCAUUCUUUUCGCUCGAUUAAUGCUCGCUCAACGACGUACAAUUCCGUCGGUCGGCACAUUUAAGUGCUGUCAACAGAAACUAUAUUAAAUUUGGCAUGUA